GAGAGAGAGAGAGAGAGAGAGAGAGAGAGAGAGAGAGAGGGUGAUGAUAAAACUCCAGUGCGAGCCCUCCUGUAAACUCAGUCGGAGCAAAGGAGCAACUGAGACGAGGGACAGGGAGCCCGACGCAAAAAGGGACCUACUGCACAACAAAACACUGCUCUCUUGACUUGAAACUCAAGUGGGGGGGGGUGGGGUGGAAGCACCUGAGUUGUGUCAGACAGAAGCAGAAGAUCUACCUGCUACCUUGUGAGGUUGCAUGUUUUGUGAUAGCGGUGAGGAGAAAAGAAGAAGGCUGGGCAAAGAUCAAAACUUGACCUCAUCCGUCUCCUCCUGGGCUUUGUUCACUCUGCCACCCCCCGCGGGGUGCAUGGUGUGCGGGUCAGACAGAUUGAUUUGAACAUUGAACUGCAUCUUCUGAUGAAAGCCCAACUUUUGUGGAUUUUGCAGCUUUUCCAGCAACCACACAACUUUGCCGGCGACUUGAUCCACUGCUCAGUGUGAGAAACAGUAGGAGAGAGAGAGAGAGAGAGAGAGAGAGAGAGAGCGCGGGGGGGUGGGGGGUGUUGGGGGAGAGAAUAUUGCCAUCCAUCUCUUAGCCCCCACAGCCCACCCUUAGCUUUGGACGCCCCUCCUGCCUCUUCUUUUGCCCCCUGUAUUCCCCCCCACCCUCCCUCCCUCCCUUCUCUGCACCUCACCCCCCAACAGAGCAGAAAGCGUGAAAAAUCUCACUAAUGGGUUUAUUUGCUGUCAGAUCUGCACCGAUCUGUCAUUCCCGUGGACCAUUCUGCUUGACACAUUUCAUAGUUGAGUAAGCCUCCUAGCUUUCUGGCUAGAGUUAACAGUGCCCCUGCAUCGUUGCGCUGGCUGAGAGCUCAUCAAGAGGGGAGCAACGGCGGCAGCAGUCAGCCUGACAGUCUCUUGGACAGGGAGUCCCUGAAGCUGCAUUCCUCCAGUCUCCUUUCACACUCCCCAACCCCCCCCCACCCCCACCCCCCCUCUCCCCAUUGGGACUUUGUGUUUGUGAGCCUUGUGGGCAUCCUCAGCUUCUGUCUAAUCACACGGCUGAGUCCUCUCCAGAAGAUCCAGGCUGUUUCUGCACGGAUUCUGUUGCUGAUUGAGAACUAGUGUGAAGAUGUGGUGUGGGGCCGGGCCUCUGGCCGUGGUGGCUGCAGUGUUUUGGACUCAGUGUGUCCUUCUGGAUGGGGUGGAUGCCAAGAAGGAGAGAAAAAGGCCAAAGGAGGCCACCCCACAACACACAGAGACCUACAAUGCUACUAUUUCCAACAGCGAAGAGGUCGGCGGAAGCAUCAAGAUUUCUGACAACCAGCGAGUGGAUCCACUGGGAUCAUGGAUGGACUUUGUCAAAAGACCGGUUGGCAACUUCCCUGGAAAGUGUCGCAAACGCAAACGACCCCUGCCGGGCCCACCUGGUCCUCCCGGCCCUCCUGGCCCACAGGGACCUCCUGGCUCUCCUGGAGCCGAAGUGACCCAGGAAGUUCUUCUCCAGGAGUUCAAAGACAUGAUUAAAGAGGCUACAGAGAGGAGAGCAGCAGCGUUGGACAGACAGACCAGCCCCAGCCAGCUACCUACGGCUCUCCUCACCCUGGAGGGGAUGACCUCCUACCGGCGGAUAGAGGAGGCUUUCCACUGCAAGCUCAAGGGACCUGUGGUGAUCGACAAGAAGACUCUGGUGGAGCUCCAGAACUUUCAGACACCACCAGCUAAAGGAGCCUUCCUCAGAGGGUCGGGAAUGGACCAGUCCACCGGAAGAUUCACAGCUCCCAUCACUGGGAUCUACCAGUUCUCUGCUAAUGUCCACAUUGACCACAAUGAGGUGAAGAGGAGCAAGAGUCAGCUAAAGGCCAGGGAUAAUGUCCGGGUGCUGAUCUGCAUUGAAUCACUCUGCCACAGAUACACCUCGCUGGAGAUGAUUGUUGGAUUAGAAAGUAACAGCAAGAUAUUCACUGUCAGCGUGCAGGGGCUGCUGGAGCUACAGGCUGGGCAGUACACCUCCAUAUUUGUGGAUAACGCAGCAGGCGCCUCCAUCACAGUACAAAACGGUUCCGAUUUUAUGGGCAUGCUGCUCGGUGUAUAGUCUCACAACAGGAACCGGGCGUCAUCCAAGCCAUCCACUGCUGCCGUUUUCGUCUUGUGCGUUUUUGUUUUGUUUUGUUUUUUGCAAUGGACUGCUUAUGAGCACCAUCACACAGUACCAAACCACAGGGGAGGUUUGAAGGAAGGAAGUGAUGCUGACAUGAACUUGACUGCUUGUCAGAUGGUGAAAGGACAGUGUAAAGAAGUCAAGGACUGAGUUUGUUUUUCACAGUGCACUGCUGCCACUUCCCUGAGGAACUUGGGAUGCCUGUUGCUUCACCAAUAAAAUAACCUGAAAAUUAAGCAGUGAGUAUGUCUGUUAGAGUUUAUGUUUUUUCUUUUAUCUUUCGUGGCUGUUGAAGACCUUUACAGAAAACCAAAUAUCAAUGUUUUUAAUGUUCUCUGGAUAGAUGUUGAAGAGCUAGGGAACAUGAGAAAGUACUAUUUGUAGUAUUUGUGUGUUUAAUGUAUACUGAAAUGUUUUUGUUGUCUACAUGAUCUAUUAUGUACACAAACUAUAGUUAUUUUUUAUCAUGGAUUAAAUCUCACAUUUAUAUUUGUUAUAUGGUACAUAGACUGUGAGUACACUGGACAAUGGAAACAUGCUCAAUAGACAGAAUACGGCCUCACAAGAUCUUGUCCCACAUAUGUAAUAACUUGUUUUGUAACAUAAAUAUUACUGCAUUUUAAGCCACGUGUGGCAAUGUUGGUCGUUCGUUCCACCAUUUUGGUUCAGUCCAAAAUAUCUCAACAACUAUUUGACGGAUUGCCAUGACAUUUUGCACAGACAUUUAUGGUCCCAAGAGAAUAAAUCCUACUGGCUAUGGUGGUCCACUAACUUUUCUCGUAGCCUUACCAUGAGGUGGACAUUUGGGGUUCUGAGUGAAAUAUCGCAACAACUAUUGGAUGGAUUGUCAUUCAAUUUGGUACAGACAUUCAUGUCCCCCUCAGGAAGAAUUGUAACCAAUGUUAGCAUGCUGAAACACUAAACUAAGAUGGUAAACAUUAUACCUGCUAAACAUCCGUUGUUGUUGUUGUUUGCUUUGCCAUUGUGAGCAUGUUAGCAUUCUAAUGUUAGCAUUUAAGAACCGUUGUGAUUAAGUACAGCCUCAUAGAGCCGCCAACCUGGCUGUAGACUAUCAUGGCGUAUUCAUAUUACAACGGAAAAACAAGGGUCUUGCAUUCGCCGUUGGUUCAGCACAGUAUUUACCACUCCGGGACUCCCAGUGGCGCUGUACCAAACCGCACCACCUUAGCUACAAUGCCAGUGUCGCUAGCUGUAGAUUGCUACAUUUCAGAGACUCAAAUGGUGUUUUAAUGCACAUUCUCAUGAACUGGUUCGUAUGAUAUAGUACAUAGUCUUUUUUGUCUGUUUUCACUAGGAAGCGAACUCCGCUCCCCAACUUGAAAGCUGUGUUUUAUGAUCCACUCCGACCUCCUCCGUACUCGGUCCAGAUCAUUCUUAUACAGCAGCAGUCACUGUAGUGCAUACAGCAAAAAACAUAUGCAAUGCAUACAGAUUACAAUGCAUUCUUUUUUGUAGUUAUAUGGAUGAAUGGUUCAUGAGAACAACCUGUUUUAUAACAAAUCUGCUAGCUGCAGCUGAUAUUUUAUUGCUAGAUAUGAAGCCAAUUAUGUUGUUUACACUUGUGGAAAUUCAGACACAAGUAAUUCCGUCUCUCAGUUUAAGCAUGGUCAACAGCGAUUGGUUGUGCCCACAAAGGUCAGUGGUCAAAGUAGAUCCUAAAUCAGGAUCUGCUAGAAUGGUCAACGUAUUGGGGUUUAGGCUAUGGG